AUGUCUCAGACGCACCAGUUAUCUGACCAGCCUUAUGGCUCUACCCUCGCAGCGGUUCUGAGGCUGUCUGGAGCAGUUUUUUCAAUCUGUCUGAGCUCCUUGGUCAUUUGGAUAGUGCGCCAACCAACGAGCGAUAACCAUACCUACUGCGACAUGAUCUCGGAUAAGGUGUACCAGCUGUGCCACCACGACAAAACAGUAAGCUCAGAGCUUGCGAGGGAUCCAAGUCAAUCACCGGAAAAGUUGUUCCAUAAGCUGUAUCAUGAGAACAAGCUGAAGGAGAAGCUCGUUGAAACCAAGCAGUCGACCACUGACAGUCAAGAUGUUCUGCAGAGAGCGUAUGAAUGUGGGAACUGGGGAACAGCAAAACCGAGUAAUCUAUUUCUUAAGAUAUACCACGACGCUCUCUGUACAUUGGACAAAAAUCCUCUGGGAGGAGUCGUCUCUCCACCACUGAUGGGCAGUCACGGAGUCGUUCCCUUGACCAUCGUGGCCCCGUUGCCGGAUCUGUGUCGGCAUGUGGCAAACUGUAUUGCUCGAGCUGAAAAGGAGGUAUUCUUGGGGACCAAUUACUGGAUCUACUCCGAUGCAUCGACCCUCGUAACCAACGCGUUUCGAGAACUGUCAAGACGAGCAGGCGAGCGGGGGAGCAAAGUGGUUGUGAAAGUGUUAUACGACCGGGGAAGUCCUCAACAGCUCUGGGAUAAUCAUCUGAGCGUCGGUGAGAAGCAGUAUGCAGAUCCAAAUGGCAAAGUCCGACUGCCUCCUGCAAGAGAAAUCCCCAACCUUGACCUUCAAGUCGUCAACUACCACCGCCCUAUCUUUGGAACUUUUCACGCCAAAUUCAUGGUCAUUGAUCGAAGGGUUGCUUUGCUUCAGAGCAGUAAUGUUCAGGACAACGACAACCUCGAGAUGAUGGUCCAUGUCGAAGGACCCAUUGUGGACUCGUUCUAUGACACCGCGCUGAUCUCGUGGGGGAAAGUAUUCCAAACGACCCUUCCAAUGCUGUCCUCUCCGGCCGCAAGCGCCGGCAUUCCCAGCAUUUCUGCUCAGCAUUCACAGGUUGAGUCUAAUGAAGACCUACGUUCUUCGUUACCUGAGCACACGACGCAGGACCCUCAUUAUGAUUCUGAUAUCCAGCACGAGGCGCAAAGGGUCAACGACACGAUUCGUCCCCGAGCAGGGGAAUCAAAAAGCCAAGCGGUCACUCGCCAUCUGAAUACUACAAUUCAGCGAGACACAACCGGCGACGCCCCAGAUAGCGACCAGGAACCACCAAUGCGACCAUACAUGACUCUACCACCUCACAAGCCAUUUCCUAUGGCCGUGGUCAACAGAGAACCCUGGGGAGCGCCAAACCAUACCAGCAUCUACACUCCACAAAAUUCAGCCUUCCUCUCCGCCUUCAGACACGCGAAGCACUCCAUCUUCGUCCAGACUCCAAACAUGAACGCAGAGCCAAUACUGCAGGCACUACUUGACGCAGUCCGUCGCGGUGUAACCGUCACAUGCUAUCUCUGCCUUGGCUACAACGACGCAGGCCAACUCCUUCCCUUCCAGAACGGAACGAACGAGAUGACCGCGAAUCGACUAUACCGCUCCCUGCAUACGGACGAAGAACGCUCGCGACUGCGCAUAUACAACUACGUAGGCAAAGACCAGACCAAACCAAUCCACAAUAAAUACAAAAAGCGAAGCUGCCACAUUAAACUUAUGAUCAUUGACGAGCGGGUGGCUAUACAGGGAAAUGGAAAUCUCGAUACGCAAUCCUUCUACCACAGCCAGGAAGUGAACCUCCUCCUCGACUCGCCGCUUGUAUGCCGUAUCUGGUUGGAGCAGAUAAACCAGAACCAGAACACGGCGAUUUACGGCGCUGUGAGCACCGAGGACGGGUGCUGGCAUGAUCCGGUUAGUGGUGAGAUACCCAAGGGUUCUAUUGGGAUUGACCCCGGACGCUUCAGUUGGGCUAAAGGAGUGGUUGGUGCUGUACAAAGGGUGAGAGGUCGUCUAGCAUACAAACCAAGAUCGCUGCUGAAGAGACGCCUGCACAUUAAAUCAAGUAUCAUUAUCACCAAUCUUCCAUUCCAUCGACCUGAGAGUACUCGAUCCUUCAACAGCAUGUCCUGCCCAUACGACAAACCAAUCAUUGACAUCACCCAGUAUGUAUUCCACUACAACAUCGACGACGAAAAGGCCUGGUCAGCUGCGCGCGUGGCCCUCCUAGACGCCAUGGGAUGCGCCAUCGAAACACUCUUCACGAGCGAGGAGUGCCAGAAACUAUUGGGCCCCGCUGUACCAGGCACAGAGGUCCCGAACGGCUUCCGACUGCCAGGGACAAAUCUCAGCCUGGACCCGGUCAAGGGAGCAUUCGACAUAGGCACUUUAAUCCGGUACCUGGAUCAUAAUGACGCGCUAGGCGGCGCAGAAUGGGGCCAUCCCUCUGAUAACCUCGGCGCCAUCCUCGCAGUCGCAGACUGGCUAUGUCGCGCCUCCGCAUCAGGGAGAUGCAAACACACCGGCCCCCCACUCACAAUGCGCACGUUGCUCACCGCGCUCAUAAAAGCAUACGAGAUCCAAGGCUGCUACCAGAUCAGCAACGCCUUCAAUGCCUUUGGCAUCGACCACGUCAUCCUUGUCAAGCUGGCCUCAGCCGCCGUCGUGGCCUGGCUCCUCGGUCUAACCGAGGAGCAGACGCUGGCGACGCUCUCGCAUGUCUGGAUGGAUGGCCAGCCGAGCAGGGUGUACAGGACGGGCGCAAACACAAUACCACGGAAAGGGUGGGCGGCGGGUGAUGCGUGCAUGCGCGCGGUGCAUUUGGCUCUGCUCGUGCGCGCUGGACAGCCUGGUGCACCGACGCCGCUGAGUUCGUUGCCAUUUGGGUUCUAUGCGCGGACCUUUGGUGCGAAUGGGUUCGAGAUGCCACGGCCAUUUGGGAUGUGGGCGAUACAGAAUGUCCUGUUCAAGGUUAUGCCGGUCGAGGGCCAUGGAAUUGCGGCUGUUGAGGCGGCGCUUGUGCAACUUGGUAAGCUCCGGGCGAGAGGGCUAGGACCGGAAUGCAUUGCAAGGGUUGAGGUUCGGACGACCCGAGCGGCAGAUUCGAUCAUCAAUAAGCGAGGGCAGCUGCAUAAUGCUGCCGAUCGUGAUCAUUGCAUCCAGUACGUGAUUGCGCUCGCCUUUCUGAAGGGCUCGGCGCCGGAGGCGAGGGACUAUCGAGAUGAAAGUUACUGGGCGAGGAGCGAGGAGCUGGCUUCUCUACGAGAGCGGAUCUUCAUUCACGUUGACGAGCACCUUACGAGAGACUAUUUGGAUCUGAGUAAGAAAAGCAUCGGCUCUGCACUCACGGUUCACCUGCUGGAUAGCUCUGAACUGCCCGAAGUGUUGGUAGAGUACCCUGCCGGUCAUGUGCGAAAUCCUGCCACAGCUCGCGCGGUGCAAGAGAAGUUCGCCAAAAACAUGCGACUAAUGUUCACCGAGAAGGAGAUCUCGGAGAUCCUCCAAGAGGUUGAGAAGGACGAUCUACUCAUCAUGGAUUUCGUCGAGCUUUUCGCGAGGCAAUCAUCACCAGAUCCGAGAUUGUAG